GUCCCGACCUCACAAGCACUUCGGGUACGUUCUCGUCCUCCCCUCCAGUACGCUCGUCUCGAGCGUUUUUUCGCUAACCUCCACAGCACCAUGUCGUCCCUGGCCGUUUACUGGGCUCGCCGCCUGGGCUACGCCUCUGUUUCCGACGCGCGACAUCACUUCCACCUCCGCCCACUCCGUCCGGUUUUCUUCCGGCUUACUGAUAAGGAGCAAGACUCGGCCGAAUCGUCGCUUUCUACACGUGCCUGGGGCCACAGCGAUGACGACGACAGUGACGAUGGCGAUGGCGGCAACGAUUUCGAGUAUGGGCCUGCAGUACCUCCCAUGGGUAUUUGUCCUCCGGUCGGCCCUCUGCCGCCUUUGCCCUCGCUGCCUGCGGGAGUGCCCUUCAACUUCGCGCUAGUGUUUUUCGCUCCCGAUCACGACACCAAUCCGAAUAUCGGCCUAGCUCUCCGCGUCCAGGCGGAGCAAAAUCGUCGUCAAAUUCAUAGUCGAACUCCGGUCGCCCUUGAACUUCGCAACGUUCGGCGUGUUUUCCCUUGUGGAAACUGCUACGUCGCUGAUUUCCUUCGGGGCGGAUUCCACUACGAGUGUGAUACGGUGUGCGUGGUCGGAGACACCCAAAACAAUGCCUGCUUCCGGUGUCAAGCGCGCGGUUGGGUCUGUCGGCCUCUUCCUCGCGAGUUCCCAUUCACUAUCGACCUCCGCCUGAUCUUGGCGGUGCUUUGGCUCAGCUCCGGGGAGCUUUGCCGCGAGUUCGAGGCGCUUCGGGUCCAUUGCGUACGCAAUAUGAUUGUUUGGGAGAAUACUUACGGUUCGUCCAUCACUACCCACCCUCAUGCUCGCCAUGGCCUGGGGUAUUCGGGUAGACGGGUUCGUAGGUCCGGGCAGCUCGGCAAUGUUCCAGACCUCGUUCCCCAUACUCUCGAAUGGAUUCACCGGCCCUGGACGGCUGGUUUGACGGAUUACACCUAUCCCCGGCCCGUCCACCUGCUUUGGCUGGUCCGGUACCACGCUGCUAUCGGUAACGGUGAGCGAUGGGGCGAGCACGAUCCGCAUCCUUUCUCGUCUUUUACCACUGCGGCUAGGGAUGAGGAGUUGGCGUGGGUCAACGAGGAGCUAGUGGCAUUAGGCCUGCCUCGUUUCCAGAGUCGGUACUCGGUCACUCUCCCUAUCAACAACCAUAGGGGUCGACGCGGCCGUGUCAUGGAGGUUUCAGCCGAAGUCUCGUCCGCCGGCCAGGUCCCCAUUGCGGGUUCCUCCGGGGGUCAAGGGGAUCACGCUCGCCUCGACGCUCCCUGGGUCGAAUGGUUCCCAACUGACGAGGAAGCCGAGGCGGUCCAUUCCGCCCAAUUCGCCCCACGUGCCCCGGGCACCGGCUUUAUGGAUCGGGCGGAGUUUGAGCAGCACUACCCUGAACUUGCGGCGCAGAUCUAUGGCCCUGCCUCCGGAUCUGGCGGCGAUGUAGCUGACUCCGACACCGAGGAGGAGUAA